AUGGAGCCGUCGGCGCGAAGGAGGCCGCACGCGGGCGCGGGCUCCUCGGGAGGCGGCCACCCGGGCAGGCAUCCCACAGGCAAAGCUGAAGAUGGGUCUCGAACCUCUCCUUUCCAUCUUGAUCUGUGGUUCUACUUGACAUUACAGAACUGGAUUCUGGAUUUUGGCCGCCCCAUUGCCAUGAUAAUUUUCCCUCUAGAGUGGUUUCCAUUAAACAAGCCCAGCGUGGGAGACUACUUUCAUAUGGCUUACAACGUCAUCACACCAUUUCUCUUACUCAAGCUCAUUGAAAGGUCCCCCAAGACCCUGCCUCGAUCCAUUGUGUAUGUCAGCAUCAUCACCUUCAUCAUGGGCUCGAGCAUUCACCUAGUGGGAGACUCUGUGAACCACCGCCUGAUCUUCAGCGGCUAUCAGCACCACCUCUCUGUCCGAGAGAACCCUAUCAUCAAGAACCUGAAGCCAAAGACCCUGAUUGACUCCUUCGAGCUGCUCUACUACUAUGAUGAGUAUCUAGGGCACUGCUUGUGGUACAUACCCUUCUUCCUCAUCCUUUUCAUGUACUUCAGCGGCUGCUUCACCACUGCUAAGAAGGAGAGCAGGAUGCCUCGGUCAGCUCUGCUCUUAUUGGGGCCCAGCAGUUUGUACUAUUGGUAUCUGGUCACUGAAGGACAGAUCUUCAUCCUCUUCAUCUUCACCUAUUUCGCCAUGAUGGCGUUUGUGAUGCACCAGAAACGGAAGCGCCUCUACCUGGACAGCAACGGACUCUUCCUCUUCUACACCUUCUUCUUCACGCUCCUGUUUGUGGCCCUGUGGGUGCUGUGGCUGUGGAAUGAUCACACCCUCAGGAAGAAAUACCCCGGGGUCAUCUACAUUCCAGAACCAUGGGCCUUCUACACCCUCCAUAUCAGCAGGCACCCCUGAGUUCCUCAGGGUCCACAGCUAAGAGGGUUUUCUUGGGAGGGAUUUUGUGUGAGCAUUGUGGGGAAGAAGCCAUCCCCUUCCCAGCCUUCCCACAGCAAAGCAAAACAUGCUUCCCUCUGCCUCCCCCCGCCCCCAAUUAAGUGGGCUUGUGGUAUAUGUGUGUAUUGUUAGGUUGUUAGGUAUCCACAUUUUGUUUUGGUCUUUUCAGGCUUGGGUUUAGUUUUAGGAAACACAACAUCACAGGGCUGAGAAUAGGCCUUGUGCAACAGUCUGCCUUGUACAAAAAGCCUUCCCAGGCCCAGUGGGUUUGCUGUGUUUGUGUUAUGUGUUGUGAUUGUAAAAACCAGCCAACAAGAGGCUCCUGGGUAGGGAGUCAUGGUCAGUGGCAUGUUGGGUGGCCUGAUAUAGAGGGGUUGGAGGAACCUUCGCUCCAGAGCCAUUAUCCUUCUGCCAUGCCGCAUCAGACCUCACCUGAGGAGCUCUAGUACGUCUUCUCCAUAGGCUCGUUUCCCCCUGCUCAUAGGAUGAUAGAGAAGGAUUGGCCAAAGCUGAGGUGGUACCUUGGAUUAGCUCGGCCCUGGUGGUGGAAGUCCUGGGUCCUGAGGGAGCUAGAAGUGUGUAGAGAGGGUGGAAGCUGGGUGGGCACACAUGAGGAAAGAGGAGGGAUGAGGUCCCAUCCCUCAGAGAUUAGGUUUUGCUUAGACCAUUUCCGGGAUUCUUGUCCUGGUCUCUUAUGACGAGAACUGGGCAGUCUGCCAGUUCCAAAUGACCCAUGAGCCAAUUCCCUCCAAGGACCUCCAAGGGGCCGGCUCUUCCUUGGCUGGGAGUAGGGUAGGGGGUGGAUAGUAGGGGUGAAGAGGCCUUUGUAGAGUUGCUCCCCAACCCCAUGGGCAUCUGGGUCCUGUAAUAGAUUUCUUUUUAACCUUCAUGGUCUUUUGAGUUGGCAGAAGAGUUAUCUGCCAGUGCCUCAUUGCUAGUGUGGAGGUGACCCUGGGUUCUUGAAGGCUCCAACAGGUUCUGCCACACCAGAAAGGUAAUGAGCUGUGCCACCAAGUCUGAGGACCAGCCAGUCUAAGCAUGGAGAGGGGCUCAUGAGCAGAAGGCCAUUCACCAGUUGGUUAAUUGGUUUUGGCCACAGCUCUGGUAAAUACAGUCUACUGAGGGGUGAAGGAGGUGGGAUGUGGUAAUGCUGGUGACAUCUCACAUCUUUGAAAGUAAAUCCUCUUGAGUUCCAGGAAAACAAGUGAGCCUUGCCUCUGCUUCUCCUGUCAGGGGAAGCUUGGGAGGCUCUGGGAGGCUGUCUCUGAAGCUUAGAGACGGCCCCUGGUCCACCUAGAGCCAGGGCAAGCAGUAGUAAUUAACCCUUCUUUCCCCCUCUGUUCUGUGGAAGCCAUUCUGGAUUCUUUUACUUGAGAAAAAGUGGUGUAAACCCUCUUUUCAGCCUAAACCAAACUUGAAGAAGUGGAAUGUCAAGUCUAAAGACUCAGUGCUCACUUUUAUGGGAAAGUUGGAGUAGAGAAACCUUCAUCAUUCAUCCUGACUCUCUUCCAGGAUGUAUUUAGGCAGCUGCACAUCAUUCUGAGAAGUGGUAGAGAGGGAAUGGGGGUGGAAAAGGGACUUGAUUCUCAGAAGGGGUGGCUUUUCAGCUAAGAUGAGGGCUCACCCCCUCUCCCCUGCUCAUAGCCUUGGCCCGUCGUCUGUGCUGUGCACCCUUCGAUCAACUCAGUGGCCUCAGGCUUCCUCCCUGGGAAUCACGUCCCAUUCUGAAGGCAGAAUCUAUCCUUGGCUUGUUGGUCAGUCAGGUGCUGCAAGGGCUGCCCCUCACCCUCCUAUUCUACUCAGGUGAUCCAUGCCCUGUCAGGGUUCCCCUUAUCUAAUGGCACAUCUGGGCCCCAAGACUGGAUGAUUCUUCCCCUAUAUAUAGACUACUGCCCCUGUCCCUAACUGUAAAUAUCUUGGCAGCCAUGGCUGUAGUUAAUGGGAGUCUAAAUAAAUGUGUGUACUUGA